CUCAAAUUUCCCUUCGAAAUCCAAGAAGAUUUCUUCCCUCCACUCAUGUAUCUGUUUCUAUUAAUAAACUGUGCUUUUUGUUCCAAUCAGUCAAAAGAUUUGAUUCUGCAAGAACUUUUUUAACUAUAAAAAUGUUCUGCCCAUGGGCGUGCUGCCCAAGCAAACUAAAGGAUGGACCAAUUACAUCACUCCACAUUACACUCUCCUUUCGAGGCUUCCGCCUUCAGAACAAUCAAAUUGAGAGCCACCCACUUUUCCACCCAGAGAAGUCACCGGCGGAAAGAGUUGGGAAAAUGGAGAAGACUACGAGCGGCACGGAGGCGCCGGUGCCGAGAGUUGCGGUGGUGGUUUACAUCCUCAAGGGAAACUCGGUGCUAUUGGGUCGACGGCUGUCUUCCGCCGGCGACUCCAGCCACUCCACCUUCGCACUCCCCGGCGGCCAUCUCGAGUUCGGCGAGGCGUUUGAUGAAUGUGCCGUGAGAGAGGUGAAGGAAGAGACAGGCUUGGACAUUGAGAAAACAGAGUUUCUGACUGUCACAAACAACCCCUUUCUUAAUGAUCCAAAGCCUUCCCAUUAUGUCACCAUCUUCAUGCGUGCGGAUCUGUCUGAUGCUCAGCAACAGCCCCAAAAUUUGGAGCCAAGCAAGUGCGGUGGAUGGGAUUGGUAUGACUGGAGUCACCUCCCAAACCCUCUGUUUUGGCCUCUGGACAAGAUGGUCAGGAGUGGGUUUAAUCCAUUUCCUGUUUGAUCAUCACACUUUUACUGCCAACCAAAAUACAAUACAAGGUGCGCCCAUGUGGUUAAUUUGAACCUUUGUCUCUGUAUCGUUUUUACUAGUUGUAAGUUUCAAUGUUUGUGGAGAAAGAGUUUAUUAGCUUACUAGUUUACUUGUCUGAAAUGUACGUAUCAUGAUUUUUAUCAUAUAUAAGAAUCUGAUAAUCAUUGAUUAGAAAAAAA